CCGCAAUAUUGAAUCACAUUAAAUUGUUUAUUUAUUUUAUAUUUUUGUGGAAAAUAUAUUCCAAAUGGAGAGAUCGGUAACAUCUGAACAAUCAGCUACUCAAAUACAAACAGAAACAGAUGUUACAGAUUCUGUAUCUCAGGAUGUUCCUACUGUUCGAUUAUGUCUUAGAAAACCAAGAUCAAAUAAGAAGGUUCAAUGGACUCAGGGUACUGUAGAUAAUGAACAUAUGAAUAAAAAAAAAUCUAAAUGUUGUUGUAUUUAUGAAAAACCAAGAAGUUUCUGUGAAAGUAGUUCUGAAGAUAGCGAUGAUGAAUGUGAACAUUGUCAUGGUCAUAAAGAUGCUCAUAAAAAAAUUCUACAACGUAAUGCAGAAACAUCUAAAGAAGAAAUAUCUCCUGCUCCAGAAUCAAUGGUAAAUGUAUCUACAUAAAUAUUUUAAUAAUAUAAAUAAUUUCUUUAAAUGGAAAAAUAAAUUUGAAUUAAUGUUGUAGAAAAAAAAUGUGAAAAUUAGGUAUGUGAUUUUAAAUAUAAUUUCUUAUGAAAUUAGAUAUAACAAUAUAUUAAUAUAUAACUAUUUUGUAGGAAAUUUGAAAUAUUAUUAAGAAAUCAUUAAUUUUUAGCAUAAUUGUAUUAUUAUUAUUAUUAUUAUUAUUAUUGUUAUUAUUAACAUUCAUAUUUUUUAAUAAAUAUUGCAAGUUAUACUUGUAAUAUUUAUAUUAAGUGAAUAUUAGUUAAGGCAUAUUAUUAUUGAAAGUAAAAGAAAAAACAAAAUAGAUUUUUAUUUAUUAUAUCGUUAAUUAAUGUUACAUGAUUUGAUAUUUAUAUAAUAUAUAGUUAAAAAUGAAUUUAUUAACAAUAGCUAGUGAUUUUUAAAUAAUUUAAAAAUAAAAAUAUGUACAUUUUUUCAUUGAAAUAGAAUUAAUAUAUAAUUCCAUAGAAUUAAUUAUAGUUCCUAUAUCACAAAGUAUAGAACAUGUAUAUUAUUUUAUAGUUUUUCAAUAGUUAUUCUAAAACAAAUUACAAAAAUAUUGUAAGUAUUAAAGUUUAUUAUAGAUUUGAAAUUCUUAACGAAAUAAUUACAUAUAACUUUAAAUGUAAAUUUCUCUCUCUUAACAAUCUAUCGUAACGAUUCUUGAUUAUCUUUUAUAUUUAUUACACAUAUAUCUCUUAUUGUAUUAUAAUAUUUAAGUAAAUAUAUAAGUAAAUAUGUUAAAUAUUUGUAACAUAAAAACAAUUCUUUUUUUAAUUGGCUUUUUUUUUCUUAUAUAAUAUUUUUGUUAAUAUAAUUUUUUUUAAAAUAUUAAUUUCAUUUUAAUUAAAAGUAAAUUUUUUUAUUUAAAAUAUAUUACUUAUAAAUAGUUAUUCAUAUAGUUCUGAUGAUACAUUAUUUAUAUAUAUAUAUAUAUAUAUAUAUAUAUAUAUAUGUAAAAUAAUUAAAAAUUCUUAAUUUUUUAUCUCUUUUUUUUUAUUUGAGUAAAAUUAUAAAACAUUUUAAUCUUACAUUUUUAUUUUAAUGAGAAUUAUUUCAGUAACUGUUAAUUAUAUAUAUUAAACAUUUGUGUACCAUCAAAACUUAUUCUAAAUUAAUUUAAAAAUAUCAGUCAGAAAAUAUUAUCUUAUUAUUAAUAUUAUCUAAACAUAAAAUAUUGUCAAUUAAAUUUGUUAUAAAAAUUUAGAAAAGAUUUAUUUUUAAAUAUUUAAAAAUAUAUAACUUAUUUUCGAAAGAAUAAUUUAUCUUUAAGUACUUACAAAACGACAAAAAAAAUGAAUAAAAUUAUUUGAAAAUUUUUGGAUUGAUUAUAAAAAAAUUAUAUAAAUAUUCCAAUUAUAAUAAAUAUCAUUAUACAGCAAAAUCAUUCUUUCUUUACUUAAGGAUAAUAUUCUAUAAAUAAAAUAUAUGUAAUAUUUGUUUUUAAUUGUUAUAUGUAACAUUUGUAGUUUAAUUGUUAAUAUCUAUAGAUAAUUAUAAAUAUCUAUAAUAUUAUAUUUAUAAAUGUGUAACCAUAUGUAUCCUAUUAUUAAAUUCUAUUUAAUUAAAAAUAGAAUUUAUGAAUUCAUAUAUUAAUAUAUUACACAUUUAAAUAGAAGGUAUAAGUAAUUUAAUAUAUUUUUUAAAAUUUUAAAUAGAAAUUUAAAUUGGAAAUUUAAUAGUCUUUAGUCAAUCAAUAUUACAACUACUUUUUCGAAAUUUUCGCCUAUUACGUACUUCCAUACCUCUACGGAAAGAAUCUUCAUUUAAUCCUAAUGAAUGAACUACAGCUCGACUACGCCAAACUUUAACAGUAAAAUCAUCGCUAGUUGUGACUAACAUUUCAGGAUCACAUGGAUUGAAAGCAACAGAAUUAACAACAUCAGAAUGAGGAAAUUUAGCUAAACAUACUCCAUAAUGUCUGUCCCAAAGAUAACCAUGUUUGUCUUCAGCUCCACUGAUAAUAAUUUUAAUCUUAGAAAAUUAAAAUGAAAUAAUUAUUUAUAUAAAAUUAGUUGAUUAAAUUUACCUGGCUACAUAUUCAUUGCAUACAUCAAGGAAAAUAAAGAAGCAUUCAUUAUUUGGUGUAUAUGCCUUAUGAGCUCUUAGCAUGGUACCAACUUGCUUUAAUGUUACUAAAUCAAUAACAUGUAUAUCAAUUUCUUGAGCUAUCGGCGGAGGUUGUAAUGGAUUUGUAAUAACGUAACCUCGGGGCCAUGGUCUUGUAUUCACGUACAAAUAUCUAAUAACAUAUAUAUAUAUAUAUAUAUAUAUAUAUAUAUAUAUAUAUAUUAUUUAUAAUAAAAAAUAAAAAUAUAAAUUUAUAAUAUAAAAAAAAAUAUGACCAACCUAUGAUCUGGAGAUAAUCCCAUCCCUAUAAUAUGUCCAUGCAAAUCAAUUAAGUGAUCUACUUUAUCAAAUUGAUCAGCUACAGAUUCAUAAUCCAACCAAUUAGUAAUAAAUGCAUAAGAAUUUUGUCUUUCUCGUUCUCUUUCUCUUUGUUCUAUUCUUUCACGUAAUGAUGGUCCUGGAUCUAAUCGUGCAGGGAAUUUUACAUUUUUUAUUCUCUUGAAACCCACCUGAUGAGGUGUAUAAGUUUUUGAUCCAGUUGUAAAAAUAAGAUAUUUUUCACAAUUAUUUGAUAACUCGUCUUCACUUUCUUUUAUAUUUGAUGAUUCUGCAUUUAAAAUUUUAUUGUAUUAAUAUAGUAAGAAUAUAAUAAUAAUUAUAAUAUAUAAUAAUAAAUUAUAAUAAAUUUCACUUACUUCCAGAUUUAUUCCACAAAGACUUUUCACUUUUUUUGUCAUUUUCAUGUGCUUUUUUUUCCAUUUCUACUUGUCUAUAUUCCUGAUUAUAUUGUAUAGGAUUAGCAUAUUCAAAACCAUCACCAAGUUUUUUCCAAUUCAUGAAUCCACCUUCCAAUGUACUAUAUCUAUUAUUUAUUGUAUAUGCUUGAGUUAAUUAUAUCAAUUGUUUUCAAUAAUAUUUUGAAUUAAAUAAAAUAUAUAUGAAUAGGAAAUAUAUUUUGCUUAAUUAACUUACUGUAAUCUGGAUGAUGCAUGACGAAGAACAACAGGUUCUUCUUGUAAAGUGUCAUUAGAAGAUGCAGAUGAAAUAUCUUUAUGACUUGGUGGAUUUCCUCUUUCUUCUUUAAUAUUAGAAGAUGAAGGCUGAUUAUGUUGUUCUUCAGAUUCAUUUUGUUCAGGUGUCAAACAGUUAGCUAUCAUUAUUGCUCGAAGUGAUGAUGCAUUACCAUUGUAAAAUCUAAAAUAUACAAAAUAAUCAUAUAAUUAUUAAUAUAUUUAUUAUUUAUUAUUAUUAAAUAUUAAUAUUAAUAUAUAAUAUAUUAAUGUUUUUAUAAUAUUAAAAAUUACUUGUCACAUAAAAUACCUAAAUAAUUGUGUCAUAAUAGGUACAUGUUCACUAGAUGUUUCUUGAUUUGCCUUAUUAAGCCAUAAGAGACUAGUACUAACUAAAUGUGCUAACCAACAUAAAUUUCCACUUAUAAGGUAAUGUUCACUGUACCAUGUACCAAAUAUAUCAUAAGGUUUAUUUAUUACUCUACAUUGAAGAUCAAAUCCAGCUAUAACAAAAAGAAAUUAAAUAAUAAUAUAUUUUUAUUAUUUUUAAUUAUUAUUAUUAUAAUUUUAAAAUAUUAAUUAAAUUCAUUUGUAUUCUUACGUGCUAAUCUAAAUACUGCUAUUUCACCCGAAGUACUGAGAGGAGUUCCAAAAUGUACACCAGAAACAAGCAGCAAAGUAUCAGAAGAAUUGAAUUGUGAAAAUUGUGUAUAUUUCCAACUAAAUGUUUUCAUAUCAUGAAGAUAUUUUAUACUAACAGGAUAUUGACUUUCCCAAAC